AUGAGCCGACGACGUUUUAAUCGUCUAUUGAUACCGAUUCUUUUUCUUGUAAUGGUUUUUAUAUUAUAUACAGUACUUGAUUCAAUUAGCACAAAUAUAGAUGAACAACAAAAAUUAGGCGAUCUAUGGUUUAAUGAACAUCUCGAAUCUCUUGAAGAUUCUAUUCGAGCUCUUGAUAAAGAACUAAAGCAUGCGAGUCUAAAACAACAAACGAAGCAAAAUUCUGAAAAUCAUGAAGAUAAAAUAGUUCUAGAAAAGAUUAAAAACGACAUUGGGACGACUUUCUACAAACCUAAGAAUAAUCACAAUCAAUGUACUUGGCAAAUUUCUCCUCCAACGAAUACUACAUUCAAUAGCCAACAAUUAUACGAUAGUCUUCCAUUUGACAAUCCCGACGGUGGUACCUGGGCACAAGGCUACGAUAUUCAAUAUAAUGCAUCGCAAUGGACAUCAAAUAAGAAAUUAAAAAUAAUUAUUAUGCCUCAUUCACAUGCCGAUCCAGGCUGGCGUAACACAUAUGAAGAAUAUUUUGUUCAUGUCGUAUAUCAUAUUCUUAAUACAAUGAUCGACAUUCUAAAUAUGAAUAAAAAAUACAGGUUUGUUUGGGCUGAAAUGUCUUUUCUAAGCUUAUGGUGGGAUCAAGCAACACCUAAGCAACGUAAUUUAUUGAAAAAAUUUCUAAAAAAUCAACAACUUGAAAUCGUUACGGGUGCUUGGGUAAUGAAUGAUGAAGCAAAUACGCAUUAUUUCGCUAUGCUCGACCAACUGAUUGAAGGACAUCAAUUCAUUGAAAAUAGAUUAGGAAAUAUUACAGUACGAAGUGGCUGGGCUAAUGAUCCAUUUGGUUAUUCGCCAACAAUGGCGUAUCUAUUGCAACGUUCGGGGAUACAAUAUAUGGCAAUUCACAGAGUGCAUUAUCAUAUAAAAAAAGCAUUAGCAAAAGAAAAAAAUUUGGAAUUCCUAUGGCAACAAACAUGGGAUCGAACGUUGUCGACACGAAUCUUCACUCACCUUCUUCCAUUCAAUGCUUAUGAUAUUCCACAUACAUGUGGUCCGGACCCGAAAAUUUGUUGUCAAUUUGAUUUUCUACGAGGUAGACAAUCAUAUAAAAAUUGUCCAUGGGGUAUAAACCCUGUAAUUAUCGAUGAGAAAAAUAUUCAAGAACGGGCAGAAUUACUACUAGAUCAAUAUCGGAAGAAAGCUCAAUUAUAUCGAACAAGUGCUUUAUUUAUUCCAUUAGGUGAUGAUUUUCGAUUCAGAACAAUAGAAGAAGCUAAACUUCAAUUUGACAAUUAUGAUAAAUUAUUUACAUACAUUAACCAACAAAUUCAUUGGAACACACACAUUCAAUAUGGCACAUUAAGUGAUUAUUUUGCACAAGUUCUACAAGAAAAAUCUCUUACGGAAUUUCCGAGUUAUGCUGGAGAUUUUUUUACGUAUGCUGAUCGUGCUGAUCAUUAUUGGAGUGGCUAUUUUACAUCAAGAGCAUUUUUUAAAAGAAUGAAUCGUAUUGCCGAAUCUCAUCUUAGUCAAUUCGUGAAGCUUGGUGAAGAAAUUCCAGGGACUAAUGAAUGGGGCUACAAUGCAGAGAAUCUAUUGACCAUCGAAGAUGUUCAACACGAUGAAGACGAUAAAGGUGAUGCAGUUAUUCAAGAGUAG